CAUAAACACAAUAUAAACUAAAUAUAAUAUCUCUAACACCAAACAUAAGUUAAUUAUAGAAUAAAGAUUAUUUUAUACAAGUACCAUAUAGAUAAUUAGUCAAAGCUUGUUGUGGUGGGGCAAAGGCCUUCGAUACAAGUACUCUAGGGUGUGAAAAAUUAACUAUUUGAUUUAAAUAAAAAGGUGGAAAAUAUGAAAAUAGGCGAAACAGAAUUGGAUUUGGAUUGGAUUUGGAUUGGAUCUUUAAAAAUCUAAUCCAUGCCCACCCCUAUUCACAGCAUAAUUUUGUGUCUAUACAAUGAAAAAUUGUAAACUAACGUUUUUUUUUUUUUAUUUGCUUAGUUCGUAACCAUGGUUGCUGAAGGAACCAAAAGGCCUCAAAUUUCAUUAUCUAUACUACCACCUCCUCGGACAAUCAAUGUGCAGAAAUAUGCUGAAUCCCGUGCCCUUGAGCUCCAUAGUCUACAAUCUAUCAUAGAAAACAGAGUGAACAAUGAUUAUAGGUCUCAAAGGAACAAGAGAAGAAGAACAACUGCAUUUGACAACCAAAUUGCAAGAAAAGGUUGUAGAAGAAAGAGGCAGAAAGUGGGAAUAGUGGGCAAAGCCCUUGCUAAAUCAGGUUUGGAGGAGGAUGAACUAAAGAAGCUUCCUCGGCGUGUACGUAGAAGAUAUGAACUAAAGAAUAACCCAGAGAAUGAUUUUUGCACCUCCGGUGAUGGAACCAAGAGGCUGAGAACUCAUGUUUGGCAUGCAAAGCGAUUUGCUAUGACCAAGCUUUGGGGUUAUCAUCUUCCUUUUUGUCUUCAAGGAAGAGGGAAAGGUUCGAGGGCACUCUUGAAAAGGCUCAAAGAAGGGGUGCUUGUACACGAUGCAAGCUAUUACACUGCUGUCCAAUUGGAGGGUCCAGAGGAUUCAUUGACGUCGGUAUUGAGAUCAGUACUAGAACCCUCUCCAACAACUACAAAUCCUGAAAAUCUUGAGGACUCUUUAAUCUCUGGUGUAACCUAUGGAAGUGCAAUGAUGCGUCAAGAUGGAGGCCUCAUUGGUCCACCAAUUGCUCCUGUGACCUAUAUAUGGCAACCAACUUCCCAACAAAAUAUAAGUACACGACUAGAUGAACAAAAUCAUUAUACUUCUUUUGGACAACAUGGUAUCGAUGAUGAUUCGAACAAACAUAGUGUUGAAUUAUGUGAAAAAUCAGACAAAAUGAAGCAUGGUUCUUCAUUUAGACACCUUUGGGUGUGGAUACAUGCUUCUGCCUUUGAAGAAGGAUUUGAUAAUCUAAAAAUUGCCUGUCGGAAAGAGAUGGAGAAGACGGGCAUAUUAAUUAAUUGCUUUUCCCUUGAGGGUCAACUUGCAAAAUUAGAAUUAUUUGGAUUAGGGGCAUUUCAACUUCUUCAAAAGAUACUUCAUCCUGUUGGAGGUAUUUCAGAGAAUCAUUGUCAAUUAAAGAAACAUAAAGUGAUUGAAGAAGGGUGUGUUUCUCAGAAUAGAAAUUCAACCACACUGAAAAAUGGAGAUAGUUUUCCUUCUUGUGCUAUGUUACCUCUUAAUGUUAAGGAUCCUCGAGAAUUGCCAUGGAAGAGGAAUGUUGUUCCAGUGGAGCACAUUUCAACUACGACUUUGAGUGAUGCAUCUGAAACAAAGUGCAAAGAGCUUGCUGAACUGGGAGGAAUUUUGGAAGAGAACAAAGAUUUAUGUUCAUUAUCAUUGUCAAAUCUUGAAGAUUGCCAGUCUAAUGUUGAUGAUCUAUGGUAUGCUACCGCCAGAGGGUUGAGGCCCCCAGUGGAAGACAGUGUCCUUUCCAAGGAGAAACAUCAUGAACGAAUGGUUAAUUUCUGCCUUGUUGAUACAGAUUCUGGAGAUGCCAGCUCUUCAACUAAGGUGCAGAGCUCGAGAUCUUGCCCUAUUCUUCUU